AUGUUUGCUGUGUGGACGACCAAGGCGGCGUUGGCCCAGCAAGGUGCUGAUGCUCAAUGCGUUGAAAGACAUUACAGACCGGUAAAGUCAGCUGCAGCAUUUUCGGAUGCUCAAACUGGUUCAUCUGUGCUCCUAAUCCUUGUUUUCCGACUUGAUUGGGCGCCUAAGGGUUGGUCAAAGAUGGCACCAUCAGGGUUUCUCAUCUCGGUCAUUAUUAAUACCACCCUCCAUCCGCCUUUCCAAAGUAUGAUUGCCGUGUUCAAAGUCACGCUCGAUUCAUCAUCUAUUCGGUGCGCUGCCGAUGAGAACAGGGCGGGCCGCUGCACGGGGAACAGGGCGAAGAGGGUUCGAGUAAGGUAAUUGUACCGGAAGGUAGCUUGAUUGUCUUGGUGGUACCAUUAAUUACAGGGUUGUCUAGGUAAUUUCCCUUUCGGCGUCUCACGGAUCUCAAUACGCGAUGGCUCAUUUCGGGAAAUGGCUUCAAGGUUCGCGCUUCCUCGAGGUAAUCAACUGGCAGCAAACCAAUUUGAUCGAUUUGAUUGGCAUUUUGACAAGACUGGCUGCACACAUGGCUGAUUACUAUAUUAAAAACCCCAAGUUGUAAUGCUGUCAUCGAGUUUCAUGAUGAUCGAUUUGAGCUAUUUGUGUCUUGUUUGGUCUGAUUGGCCAGCCCGGAUCGCCCCCAGCCAGCAUAUGCCAAGACGAUUCUUUUGCUUGUUGUUGCUUUCCUGGCUAUCGAGUGGAUGAGAGGCUUCCGUCGCCAAGAGAACCCUUUUUAGCGUCCCAUGAUCCCCAUCCUGGGGUCUGUCACUGAUACCAGGGGAGGGGGGAGGAGCCACCAAAAGCCCAGCAUCCAUGCAGUUACAGCGGUACCAGUAAUGGUGCUGUUGCUUUUUUGGCUCCUCACCCGCGCAAUACGGAAGGGAAGGAGGGAGAAAGUAAUCGCCAAGUCUCCUAGUUGGGUCGAUGUUCUACUCCGUACUUCCUCGCCGCUCCGCAUGUUGUUGCUUCUGGUAAAACAGGCUUUAACUAAAUGACGAUUGCAUCUCACCAAACAUCCAACGGCUUUGCUAUCAACAUCUACAUUUGCUAUCACGACCAUGCUUGCUUUUUGUUUUCUCGGUAAC